AAAAAGUUGCCUUUGACAACACUGGCUCAGUGUUUGAUGGAGGGGUCAGCUAUCCUGGGAGAUGACACACUUCUUGGGAAGAUGCUGAAACUCUGUGGGGAGACAGAGGACAAGCUGGCUCAGGAGCUGAUACACUUUGAAUUGCAGGUGGAGAGGGAUGUGAUUGAGCCCCUGUUUUUGCUGGCUGAGGUGGAAAUCCCCAAUAUUCAAAAGCAGAGGAAACAUUUAGCAAAGUUGGUGCUGGACAUGGAUUCUUCACGAACCAGGUGGCAGCAGACGUCCAAGUCUUCAGGCUUGUCCAGCAGCUUACAGCCUGCCGGGGCCAAAGCCGAUGCCCUCAGGGAAGAAAUGGAGGAGGCUGCCAACAGAGUGGAGAUUUGCAGGGACCAGCUCUCAGCUGACAUGUACAGUUUUGUGGCCAAAGAAAUCGACUAUGCAAACUACUUUCAAACGCUGAUAGAAGUGCAAGCUGAAUACCACAGGAAGUCCCUGACACUACUGCAGGCUGUGUUGCCUCAGAUAAAAGCACAACAGGAGGCCUGGGUGGAGAAGCCUUCCUUCGGGAAGCCCUUGGAGGAGCACCUCACCAUCAGUGGCCGGGAGAUCGCCUUCCCCAUCGAGGCGUGCGUGACGAUGCUGCUGGAAUGUGGGAUGCAGGAGGAGGGGCUCUUCCGAGUGGCUCCCUCUGCCUCCAAGCUGAAGAAGCUGAAAGCGGCACUGGACUGCUGCGUGGUGGACGUGCAGGAGUACUCGGCAGACCCCCACGCCAUUGCAGGAGCUUUGAAAUCUUACCUCCGAGAGUUGCCGGAACCUCUGAUGACCUUUGAACUCUAUGAUGAGUGGAUCCAGGCUUCUAACAUCCAGGAGCAAGACAAGAGGCUUCAGGCUCUGUGGAAUGCUUGUGAAAAGUUGCCCAAAGCCAACCACAACAACAUCCGAUACUUGAUCAAAUUUCUAUCCAAGCUGUCAGAAUAUCAAGAUGUAAACAAGAUGACUCCCAGUAACAUGGCCAUUGUUUUAGGGCCCAACCUGCUGUGGCCGCAAGCGGAAGGGAACAUCACUGAGAUGAUGACCACAGUUUCGCUGCAGAUUGUUGGGAUCAUUGAACCUAUCAUCCAGCAUGCAGACUGGUUCUUCCCUGGGGAGAUAGAGUUCAACAUUACAGGCAAUUAUGGGAGCCCGGUACACGUGAACCAUAAUGCCAACUACAGCUCCAUGCCCUCCCCAGACAUGGACCCUGCCGACCGGCGCCAGCCCGAGCAGGCCCGCCGGCCCCUCAGCGUCGCCACGGAUAACAUGAUGCUGGAGUUUUACAAAAAGGAUGGCCUUAGGAAAAUCCAAAGACAGGUGUGGCCUGCAGAGGUUGCCACGUGGCUGGAGUCCCUGGCAGUGGUGGAUCUGGGGCUAGACCCUAAGGCGCCCCCUGCCGGCCUCGGCCUGCAGCCCCCCUGCGCCGAGCGGACCAGCACGUCUAAAAGCAAGGAGCUUUCUCCAGGGUCUGGGCAGAAAGGAAGUCCAGGCUCCAGCCAGGGGACAGCCUGUGCAGGGACACAGCCAGGAGUGCAACCAGGCACCAGCCCCAGCCAGUCACCUGCAGACCAGAGUCCUCACACCCUCCGGAAAGUUUCAAAGAAGCUGGCACCAAUUCCACCCAAGGUCCCCUUUGGCCAGCCAGGGGCUAUGACUGACCAGUCUACCAGCCAGCCGUCCCCCGUCAGCCUGUCACCUACCCCGCCGAGCACCCCGUCACCCUAUGGACUGAGCUACCCUCAGGGCUACUCCUUGGCCUCGGGCCAGCUCUCCCCGGCUGCCGCUCCCCCCCUGGCUGCUCCUUCCGUCUUCACAAGCACUUUAACCAAAUCGAGGCCCACUCCUAAGCCCCGACAGAGACCCACUCUGCCACCUCCUCAGCCUCCCACAGUAAACCUCGCGGCCUCUAGUCCACAGUCCACGGAGCACCCCCUGCUAGAUGGCAUGUCCCCUGGGGAAAGCAUGUCCACAGAUCUUGUCCACUUUGAUAUCCCCUCCAUCCACAUAGAGCUCGGAUCAACACUCCGCCUGAGUCCCCUGGAGCACGUGCGGCGACACUCAGUGACUGACAAGAGGGACUCGGAGGAAGAGUCUGAGAGCACUGCCCUCUGACGUGGCACCCCGUCCCCGACAUGCGUGUACAUACAUACAUGGGCCCUGGAAACACCGCAGGAGCACCGUCUGUGAGCUUGCCAAGUGUUCUCUGCUGGCUCUCGGCUGUCACUGCCAACAGGAGGGUGCAGCUUGGCAGAAAAUUUUGGUCUCCAGUCUGUGUGGCAGAUGGUGGUGGUGCAGAUUGUUCCUUUCAAAUGGUGACUUCGGCCUUUUGUUUGACCUUUGCCUUUUGACUUUGUGCCUAUUUUGAUCCAUGUUCAGCCUCCAUGCCAAGCAACACCCACCUCUCUCUACCCACGGGCUUGCUUGUCAGAAAUGUCCUUUGCAGGGUGGGGGUUGUAGAGGAAGGUUAAGCUACCUGGUUAGACCCGAGGGCUGCUACAGUCAGAUCCUGCAGGAUCAGCUUAACAGCUACAGAAGGGAAACAGGACGGUAGGGGACCAUUUUACUUAUAGCUGGACUAGGUCUGGAAUUCAGAAGUCCUGGGGCAUUGACCUUUGUCUGCUGCUCAGGGGAGAGCCAGCCAGUUAAUCCUUUUAGGCUACUCUUGAUCAGAGGGCUCCAAAGUAAAUGGCUUAAAACAAAAUUUGUUUCACUUAAGUUUUAUUUUUUCCCCCACUGUGACUGAAAGCUCCCUUUACCUUCAAUCAUUUCAUACUUCUGAAUUUCAGAAAUGAUCUGGACAAUGUCUGGAUACCCCAAAGAUAGCUUCCAUGCCCCUGCGAAAACAUUAGCUGAGUAAUUCCACCCCUCCAGGCACCUUGAGGCACCCAGCUCAUUAGGUGUGUGGGUUCCUGAAGCUUGUCUCUUCUUUCCAGAGGUUACAACUGAAUAGCAAUAAUUCUGUUCCCCGAAGCACGUGGAGGAAAGGGGCGGCAGCCCGCUGUGACACCGGCCCCUGCACAUGGCCUGCGGUGUGGCCAGCUUUGCUCACCAGCAUCCACCUCUUGUCCCUCCUCACGAAGUUCCAUCUAGUCACGGGGAGGAGGGGAGCCACUGGGAAGCCCAUUUACACUUUGGGAUUAAGGGAGUGAGAAACAGAUUUGGGCCAUGCAUGCAAAGUCAGAGUUUAAAAUUUUAUCCUUUUAAAAUAGAUAUAAUAUACCUAUACAUGAUAUAAUAUUUGUACAUAUGAAAUCUCUCUAUAUUUGUUUAAUUUGAGCCAUUCACUCUAAACCGAUGUACAGGUGUACAAUGAAAAAUUUAAAUGCUCAUUUUUUCCCAGCAGUGUGAAGUUGUCCUUCUCUGAGAGGGACUGCAGACUUCUGAUGUUACAGCUUUGCUCACUUCCUGGCAAGGGCAGUUCAAUCCCCAAUUUGUAAGAGCCUGGGGGUUGAAAGUUAUCUUUAAAUACAUGUACAAAUCGUUGUCAAAAAUAAUGUUAUUAAAAUAGAUUUAUUAUCCCUGA